AUGAUGACAAUGCUUGGAGAAGACUGGGUUUCCAGCCUUAUCGCACAGCUGCUUAGAUCGAGUACAAAUUUACGCUCAAAAGACGAGUUUUGUCAACGAGGCACGAGGAAUCUGCUGUUUCCUGCGCUGGUCUCUGGCAUGAAGUCCACGGGCAAAUCAAAUCCAAAAAGACGAAAGACUGGACAGCAGCUAUUCACCGGUAUUGUCCAUGCUGUCAACGCCAUCUUAAAAGAAAGCGAGCCAACGUCUUCGUAUCUUGCACCCUUGAUGCGGUUUUGUGAGGCUUGGGACGCGUACCAACGUACUCACACAAAAGAACCGCCCACUAGAGCUAAUAGAUGGGGCUUUAAAGCCAUGAUUGAGCUGGAAAUGCUCCCGGAACUUGUUGAAUGCUUCGAGAGAACGGAAAUAUUGCAUCAAGAGAGCAGUGAAGUGCUGGAAUAUGCAGCAGACGUGCUACAGAGCGCCCCAAACUGUCCGGCGACACUGGAAGCGAGACUUUUCAAAGUGCUUUCCACCGUUAAAGCUGGCGUGGAGCACGUCAGCGAGGGUCCAACGGUAGCGUCUAUUACUGAGCUUGUAUCGCAUUCCAGUGAGGUGCUCCAGCGUCUUCUCCGUGCGGUAAAAUUUGCUGACUUAGCUCAGACGCGUGCGUUGAUGGGCCGCAUGAAAGAUUCGAUUGGGACAAUGAUCGAGUUAAGGCAGCAACUGGAGCGAUGGUUCUCGUUCGUUGAGAGUUACGGUGCAUCUUUCGCUUGCAAGGAAUCGCGGAUGGAGCUGUCGUUGCUGUGCACACGGCUGAUUCGAUGGUUCCCGAACGAGUUCGAUAGCAUGCGCUUUCUGCUCAUGACGCCACUCGAUUCGCACUUUGUUUAUGCGUUGAAAGCGUUUGUGAAGGAAGCUGGAAGACCGACCAACAGGCAGCGUGGGGCUUUUCUAGACCCUACUGCCAGAUCAGCGUUGCCAUCAGCUGUUCGAGUGGAGAUGGCGCUGCAUUCAUAUCUAUCGGCUGCAGCCUUCCCGGACCUCGAGACUCUGACAACGUUGCUGGUCAAAGCGACGAUCAAGUGUCGCUCUCCAGACGCGUUUGAACACCUCCUGAAGAUCGCUCAGAAGAAUGGCAGGGUGCUGCUACCAGAAGCAGCAGUGGCGACUCUGAGCUCACCACUGAGGGGGUUAGAGUUCUCGGGUUCUGCUCUAAAUCAGCAAGAUGAAGACGUGGACGAUAACCAACUCAAGACUCAUGCCAGACACGCCAAAGCUCUGAUUUAUCAGGAGAAUACGCUGAAGCUUCUGGCAGAUUCUACCUCUAUCUUUGAAGGAGGAAUUUCAUGGUCGGAGCUGCUGUUUGACGAGAGCUCUGCGACGACAUGGCUGCCUCAUUUCUUCGAGUAUAUCUUGAAGACUGAGUUCUGUGAAGGCACUCUACGCGCUGACCUGUUGGUAACGAAGUUGGAGGACAUCCUGCGUGCUGGCAUAGGUGAGAGAGUGCUCCGGGAGGCAUUCUGGCUGGGUGCGUUGCUCAACACAGCGCUAGUUGCGUGCUCGAGUCGAAGUGCUGGCGCUUAUGCGGACGUGGACGGAGAGAUGCUCGACAGGUUGCGAUGGAUGUCUACAAACGUGCUGCAAUUACUUUCCAUCGCUUCUACUGUGACGCUACCUCCAGUCCAGCUCUUUAUGCCGUUCGUGCGCUGGUUGUCAGGGGCUCUGGUCUACUCGCAGUCGUUCUUGGAGGAGCCCUCUGCAGCUAUGAGACGUUGGGAGCGCACAUUCACCAGCUACGUGACCGAUCUGUACUUGCAUGUAGAAUUCCAAGGCGACGCAUACGGCCUCCUUAAGGCGUGGCUAACUACGUGGGUCACAUCCAACAUUGCUCGAGGGCAAGACGAACUGCAGCUCAUAGCUCUGUUGCCCUCACAAGUGGCUUUGUUCCGUCGUCUGGCGUUGAAUCCUAAUCGCGGCACAUCGCCUCAAGCCUCGACGUCGAUUUGGCAAGUAGUUAUCGUCGCCGUUAACGUCGCCUUGGACAACCACUCAGAUGACAACCUGGUGAGGUUUGAGCAAGCCACAGAGCUAAUCGCCAGUACGCUGACUACACUGGAGCUCGUUGAGCUGUCUACAACGUCGGAUUUCGUGCGCUUCAGUGGCAUACAAGACAUGGAGCCGUUCUUCGAAGAGCUCGAGAGGUUCCUAUCACGACCCCAGCUCCGCUCCUGCAGUGCUGAUCACGUGUGCUGCUUGCUACAAUAUCCACUGGAGCUGCUUGUUUGCUGGUACGCCUGCAAGAUCCUAGCAGAUUUUAAAGAGGAGUCUCGACUGUUUCUCCAACGUGUCACGAAGGUACUGGGCGGAAGCGAUGACUCUGCAGCGAUGGAUGCGUUUAUUCAGUACUGGUCCGAUGAGAUGCUGCUCAAAUACGACUACAUCGACCGAGAUCGCUGCGUCGACGUUCUAAAAACCAUCCAAAAGUCACUAACAAGACAGCAUUAA